GCCUUUUUUUACGAGGUCAGAAAUUUUACGAAUCCGUGGAAGACAACUUUGGGCAGUAAGAAAUCUGCGAAAUCUCUGAGGUCAACCAUCUAGACUCCCAUCUUUUCAUCAUCGAGGCCAGUUGAAUGUAACCAAAAGGGUCUAGUUCUCCGGACAGAUCCUUACGCUAAACUAGAUGUGGCGAAACCGCUAAGCCUAUACAAGGCCGACGUGCCACUGUUAUCGAUAAGCCUACCCCCGGACCCUGCGGGAUCAUCAUACGCAAGUCGUCACGUCACCCUCGGCCACCGGUAGGCAGUGAUGACUCUUCCUUAUAUUAUUGCUGUCUGGCAGAAGUAUUCUUCCUCUUCCUCUUGUUAUCUACCUCUACUUUUAUCUUUGCCAAAGAUCUCACACCAAAAUACCACGAUAUCAACGUUUUGAGCGCCUUUGAACUAUAACUUUCUACUUUCAAUACGAGCCCCACAUCAGAUCGUGACAUUAAACGCACUAUCACAAUAGCGUCCGUGUGCUAUCGCUUACCUGCAUACAUCUAUUCAACUCUAUCCAGCCAUCUGAGCUGUCAGGAGACAGGUCUCAGAUUUAUACUACGACACCUUCACCGUCUAUUCAAGGACAUGGCCUCCACCGGAGAAGCCAUCUAUAUGACACCCUACUCGCCCUACCCUUCUCACCAGCAGGAUUCGGACCUGAACAUGAAGAGCUCCUGCUGUCGUUUCGUCUCAUCUUCACCAAGCCGCCAAUCACUUCGACUCCAGCGUUCCUCGUCUAUCCCUUCUAUCUACUUUGACGGAUAUCUCGAGCACCUCCCUGUCGAGCCAAAGAAGAAACGCGAGUGCACCAGUUACUACAACGAUCACUCCCGUCGCCAUUCUCGCGGCCCACGACGCACAAUGAGGUACUCUCGCGACAGUCAACUCGUUAAUCCCGACGUUAUCGACCGCCUGGACAGUGCUAGCUUUUAUCAGUAUCACCAUGAAGGACCAUACGAUGCAGUAUACCCGGAAAGGAAUUUCGACACCAAGUUGAGCCCAAUCGAAGCCGUGAAACGAACGAAUGAGGAAGCUUUGAGGGCCACCCCAAAGGACAAGAUCAAAGACAGUAUUAACAGCCAUCGUCCUCUCGACGGGGUGGCUUUCUAUCCACCUGGUACUACGGAUAGGGAAGGACAAACUUACAACUACGAGGAGGGUCCCAAUAUGAUGAACGACUACGGUAACUUUAUGCGCUGCCCCGGCUUGAAAUUCACCGAAGAGGACUUCAAGAAUGAUCCUUUCUACAACACGCCACUUCCAAAGCCAUUCGCCUCCCUCAGAAGGGUACUGAGCCUGCGUCGCCGAAACCGCAGGAGUACCCAGUAAACUCGAAAUCGAUACUCCACUACCGAAUCGUUAUUUAAAGGAUAUAUAAAAGGUUGAGGUUGAUAGAAAGGGCUAGGAUAUCAGGGAUUUGACAGCACAGUGUGAUACCUCAUGUUUUGUAUUGUUUUCAUGUAGAUCAGCAUCAUGCUGACCACGGAAUGGGUGGAUAUACGGAUUUGUUCGGAGUUUUGGGCACGGAGUUAUAGAUUGAUUAUCUUUCAUGUUGCUCGGUUUUCUGUACUUUAAGUGUCCGCCAAGAUUUCAACGUGCUUUCUCCUAUCGCCGUUGAGCUUGGUCAUGGUCUUGAUUGGGUAUGUUUGAUGAUGUUUGAAGCUAUUCCUGUAUCCACUGCCCAUCAGAGAACCAACUGGACUUGUUUCUGCCUCUCAGAUGCAACAUCACAAGUCCAAUCAAGUGUAAUUGAAUGAACUUGCUUCUACCUCUCGGAUCUGACCGUGAAUCCGAUAGAGUGACAUUUUACGAACGUUACAUUACCAGUAGCAACUUCUACUCUGUAGAAACGGAAGAGUCUUAUAUGCAUUUACACAGGCGUAUACCACCGGAAUGAGUAAUUUACAUUUUAGGAUUGGAAUUCAUACAUAAGAGGUGUAAUCAUGUAUCAAAUGGGAAGAAC